AUGCUGAAGAGCCGGGGCCGCCGCGCCCUCGGGCCGGGCCGGAGCCGGAGCCGGAGCGGGAGCCGGAGCCGCUGGCUGCCCGCGCUCUGCUGUUUGUUGGGCGCCGUGCGGGCGGCGGCGGGGGCCGGGGCCGGGGCCGGGGCCGGGACCGGGGCCAGGGAAGAGGCGGCGGCGGGGCCAGGGGCGGCCCACGAGGCGCCCUUUGCGGGCCAGAGCUGGUUAAAGUCUUACGGCUAUCUGCUUCCCUCUGAUGCCCGGGUACCCACGAUGCCCUCAGGGAAGGUCUUGCAGUCAGCGGUCACCACUAUGCAGCAGUUUUAUGGGAUUCCUGUCACAGGAGUGUUGGAUCAGACAACAAUUGAGUGGAUGAAGAAGCCUCGCUGCGGCGUCCCUGAUCAUCCCCACCUGAGCCGUCGUCGCAGGAACAAGCGCUAUGCACUGACAGGGCAGAAGUGGAGGCAGAAACACAUCACGUACAGCAUUCACAACUACACCCCCAAAGUAGGCGAGCUGGACACGCGGAAAGCCAUCCGCCAGGCCUUUGACGUUUGGCAGAAGGUCACCCCACUGACGUUUGAGGAGGUUCCCUACCACGAGAUUAAAAGUGACCGCAAGGAAGCAGACAUCAUGAUUUUCUUUGCCUCUGGUUUCCACGGUGACAGCUCCCCCUUUGAUGGUGAAGGGGGAUUCCUAGCCCAUGCCUACUUCCCCGGUCCAGGGAUUGGUGGAGACACUCACUUUGACUCCGAUGAGCCGUGGACACUGGGGAACGCCAACCAUGAUGGGAAUGACCUCUUCCUGGUAGCUGUGCAUGAGCUGGGCCAUGCCUUGGGACUGGAACAUUCUAAUGACCCUAGUGCCAUCAUGGCCCCCUUUUACCAGUACAUGGAGACACACAGCUUCAAGCUGCCCCAAGAUGACCUGCAGGGAAUCCAGAAGAUCUACGGUCCUCCUGCUGAGCCCCUGGAGCCCACCCGACCCCUCCCCACACUCCCUGCCCGCCGGAUCCACUCCCCAGAAAGGAAGCAUGAACGUCAGCCCAGGCCACCAAGGCCACCACUAGGAGACAGGCCGUCCACCCCAGGGACAAAACCCAACAUCUGUGAUGGCAACUUCAACACUGUGGCUCUCUUCCGGGGAGAGAUGUUUGUGUUCAAGGACCGCUGGUUUUGGCGUCUGCGGAAUAAUCGGGUUCAGGAGGGCUAUCCCAUGCAGAUCGAGCAGUUCUGGAAGGGGUUGCCAGCUCGCAUCGAUGCUGCCUACGAGAGGUCUGAUGGACGAUUUGUCUUCUUCAAAGGUGACAAAUACUGGGUCUUCAAAGAGGUGACUGCGGAGCCUGGAUACCCUCACAGCCUGGGAGAGCUGGGUACCUGCCUGCCCCGCGAGGGCAUAGACACGGCCCUGCGAUGGGAACCUGUGGGCAAGACCUAUUUUUUCAAAGGGGAGUGGUACUGGCGCUACAAUGAAGAGAGGCGGGCAACUGACCCUGGAUACCCCAAACCUAUCACUGUGUGGAAGGGCAUCCCCCAAUCUCCCCAGGGGGCUUUCAUCAGCAAAGAAGGCUAUUACACCUAUUUUUACAAGGGCCGGGACUACUGGAAGUUUGAUAACCAAAAGCUGAGUGUGGAACCCGGUUACCCCCGCUCCAUCCUGCGGGACUGGAUGGGCUGUAAUCAGAAGGAAGUGGAGAGGAGGAAGGAGCGGCGCAGGCCCCAGGAUGACGUGGACAUCAUGGUUACCAUAGAUGAUGUGCCUGGUACAGUGAAUGCCGUGGCCGUCAUCAUCCCCUGUACCCUGUCUCUCUGCAUCCUUGUCCUUGUCUACACCAUCUUCCAGUUUAAGAACAAAGGGGCACAACAGCAGGUUACCUACUACAAACGGCCUGUCCAGGAGUGGGUAUGACCAGCACGUCCUUGCCCCGCCAGCCGGGGCAUCCUUGCCAGGGCCUGAGAAAGGGCAGGGACCUCACUCCCAGGACCCAGAGGAACAGGGGGUGGCCACAAGGGCUCGGGCCAAGAGCCACAAGAAAUGGGUUUACAACUCCAGCCUAAAGCUCAGCCCUUGGAAUCCACCUGGUGAGACAGGAGUGGGAGAAAUCAGCCAGAGCUGAUCCCCAAGUACCUAUUGCCACUCGGACCCAAAGCUUCCCUUCUAAAACGCCUUUGAUCCAAAGGGAAAGGCAAAAGAUAAGCUUUGCUGAGGAGAGCUUUGUCGGGGGAGGAGGUCUCUGUUCCUGCUGCCUCAUAGCUGGCCCUCAUUCCCAGAAGAUGGAACCCCAAUUAUUAGGGGCCUCUCCUGGGAUUCCCAAAGGCUCUCUGAGCACAGUUCACCUGGGAGAAACCAGCAUUUGCUCCCUGACAGCUGCCUGGGCCUGUCAUUCCUCUUCUGAGGGACCUGACUCCAGGUGUCCCUGGGUAUGGCAGGGCCCCAUGAUUUUAGGGUGAGGAUUAUGGCCUGGGGCAGGAUCAGCUGCCACCUCCUUUCUGCUCCAAACCUGGGCACUGUCUGGCUACCGACUCCCAACACCUGCUGGUCAGAUGUUUGUAACUGAUCAUGGAUCACGGAGCCUGUGUGGCUAUGGAGGCAGUCUGCGGGCAAGGAAGGUUGUUUUUGUGACCACCCCCCAGCUCCAAGCAGCUUCCUCAGAAAAUGUAAGUUUCCCCUGAGCCAGUGAGAGGCAGGAGCCUCUUGUGCUCAGGGGAAGCCUGUGGUCCAGCCUCAUCUCUGCCGGACAUUGCUCUCAUGUCAUGAAUAUUUAAAUGUCCCGUUACUACUGUUUUAAUCCCCAUUUGUCAGAAGUGAUUCCCUGAGGACUCGGGAAGCUGUCUGCUCAUCUCACUCCAGUGUACACCAGUAUAAGAGCCUCUACCCCACAGCAUCGAGGCCAGGACCCCACUAAGAUGGGGGAAGCCAGGUAGUGUCUUGGUGGUGCUAGGAGAAUAGGGAUGGAUCCAGAGUAAGGGGAUGAGAUUCUUUGGGGUCCCAGGAAUCUUUGGAUAACAACCACUGGAGCCCCUUGGGGCUCCAGCCACAAGGAAAGGGAGCUAGAUUGGUAGCCCCAAUUCACUCCUUGCUAAGAACCUUUGGCCAUGGGAGAGACAUUGAAGGCCAAGGGCCAGGAAGGUACCUGGCCUUGGAUGGUUGGAGGGAGGUCAGAUCCCCAAGGAAUGUGAAUGCCCCAGAAUUUAGAGAUUUUCUGAACUCCCAGCCCCAGCCCCACUGCCGAUCCCUUUCCACUUUUCUUUCCAGUUCCUUCCUGUGUGGUCCCUAUCACUAUCCCAGGCCCCAACCCCAUCCACUUCUUACCUCCUUUCCAUUUCCCAUUGCCAAAAGAGGCAACUGGUAUUGCAGUAGAAAGAGCAUUGUCAAGAGAGCCUGGGUUUGAAUCCUGCCUCUGCUACUUUCUCAGUGUGACUUAGGUAAGGUCACUUCUCAUCUUGGUCUCGUUUCCUCAUCUGUAAAAUGAGAGGGUUGGGGGCAGCUAGGUGGCGCAGUGGAUAGAGCACCAGCCCUGGAGUCAGGAGGACCUGAGUUCAAAUCCGGCCUCAGACACUUGACACUCACUAGCUGUGUGACCCUGGGCAAGUCACUUAACCCCAACUGCCUCACCAAAAAAAAAAAAAUGAGAGGGUUGGUCAUGAUGACCUCUAAAGUCCCUUCCAGCUCUACAUCUAUGAGUCUGUGAUCCUCCUCCCACUCCCAUCUUGAUGCCCACCCCCUCUGUGCUCCUUACCCUAUGCAGGCACCCCUUCUGUUCUUGGCCCAGGGCCAUGCCUAGAGUUGUGGGAGAAAGGAGCACAUAGAGCUACUGCACUGCCACUCCCCAGCUAUUCCAGUGAUUCCUCUACUGCAGGACCCUUGUCCCCUCAAUGAUUCUCCUUUUGAAGAGCCCUGCCCCACUCCCUGCCCAGCCAUCCCCAAGGGACUGACUGCCUGAAAUGAAACUCCAGGCUUCACUGAGGCUAGUCAGGAUAGGUCUAAGGUGGACAGAGGUCCGUUAUUAAGCAGAGAGACCUGAGGGACUUGCAGCUUCCUGUCUGCCCUCAAGACACAUUCUGUGCCUGUGCCCAUUUUCUUUUUGCUUUCUUUUCCUCUCACAAUGGGCAUGCUGUACCUUGAAUGCCUCUGCUUUCAGGCCAGAAAGCCCAGUUUGGGAUGAGCCAGCCCCUGAAAAGCUGGAUUUGUAGAACAGAUAGACUUGUAGACAAGUAUUUACUUUAAAAAGGGAGUUCCCUAGGAUUGCAACAUCUCCUAGUGCAUUUAAAAUGAGAUUUUGGGCCAUUUAAGUUACAUACAACUUUUCCAGCCACGAAGGGAUUGUGGCUCAUAGAGCUGAAAGGGAUCUCAGAGAUUGUGUUCAAUUUGGGGUUCAGAGAAGGGUCACAUGGUGAAGUAGGGCAGAUCCAAAUGUCCAGUGCAAAAUAUGAGGCUUUCUACUUUCCAGGUAGUUCGUAUAGUUGGUCUCAGUGAUCUCUCGGCCUGCUCAUUCAUACCUCUUCUUUGGAUCUAUCCACUUUUCCUGGACUGAACACCCUCUCCCCUAAUCCCCAUUGUGGUCUCUCCAGCGUCCUUCAUUGAUAGAUAUGAAAUUUGGGCUCCUCAGACAGCCGGGAUUGGGUCUCUUCCAGGGCAAUGAGGGUUUUUUCUCUGCAUUACACCAAGCACCAAGGCUAUGUAAUCUGUGAAUUUAGCCUACCUUGAACCAAGCCAACACAAAACCCUGGGGGUCUUCCUUGUUUCUACUUCUGCUACAGACAUACCCAGAGCCAUAACUUGGUAUCCUGACACAUGGGACAGAUUUCAUUAAGAAAGGAGGAGUGCCAUAGGUUGGUCCCAGGAUAAACACUCUGACUUCUUGUACAGGGCUGCUUUGGGAAAAGGCAGCCUAUUCCCUCUCCAGACCUCUACUGGCCCAUGACCCAUGAUUCCCAUCACAAGGGUACAGGUCAGUGGAUCACUUUAAGGUAUAGGCAUGGAGAUUUACUGACUAGUGCAAGGAGGAAAUGUUAUUCCCUUUUCCUCCCCUCCCGUCCUAUCCCCUCUCCACAUCAAUGUAUUGACACAAAGCCAUGUCUGCCCUAGGUAUUGAUCUCUGGAGAUUCAGAACCCUAGAGAGACUAGGGCUGCCUUCCCCAUAUGUCCACAUCUCCAAUGUGAAAUUCUUGUAAAAGUUUGCUUGGGGAUGAGGAUAGGACCAAAGCAGGUAUUACUGGUUCUUCAUUCCUUAACUACCAUCUAUUAGUUGGGAGACUCCUUUCUUAGUGGCCCGAAGACUCAGGCUUGUUUUAUUCAGCACUUUUGUGCCCAACUUGAACAAAAGUAUGGCUAACUAAUACCUAUCAAAGCUAUGUUGACACAGAGGCAGGAAAAAUAGCUAACACUGAAUGAAAGGAUCUGGAAAAAUCCUGGCAGGCUAGAAAGACAGGUGAUGAAACCUACAAUGAUGAAAUCGAACGGCAAAUGCAAAAUCCUCCGCUUGGUUAAAUUUUUUUCUGUACGAGUAUAGAAAGGGGGUGAGUUAUGGCUAAACUAGUUUGCACAAAUAUCUGGGGGACAGCUAAAUGGUGCCCUGGGAUAAAACACCUGCCCUGGAUUCAGGAGUACCUGAGUUCAAAUCUGGCCUCAGAUACUUAACAUUUACUAGCUGUGUGCCCCUGGGCAAGUCACUUAACCCCAAUUGCCUCACCAAAACCAAAAAGCCAAAAAAAAUAUCUGGGGGUUUUAUUGAAUUGCAAACUCAAGGAGUUAGUAGCAUGUCCAUUAUAACCUAAAAAAUUAAUUGUAUCCCAGACUGCAUUUAGAAAAGCCUAUCAUUCCAAACAAUUGCAUUGAUGGUCCCAUUGGUUAGAUCAUAUUUGGGGCAGUGUGUGGUAUUCUGAACUCCAUAUUUUAGGAAAAAUAUUGAGAAGCUGGAGAGUUGCAAAUGGAGGACAGCCAAGAAGAUGAAAGGACUGGAGGUCAUUCUAAAGGUGUUGAGCCUGGAACAGAGAUCAUUUGCUUUCAAGAAGUCUUGUGGGAGAGGGUUUGUUCCACCUGGCUCUAUAGAGCAGAGCUGAAAGUCCUGUAUGUUACAAGAACAUCAGUUUCAGUUCAGUCUAAAACUUUCUAAGUCUCAGCUGCCCAAAUAUUGGGAUGACCCACCUUGAUAGGGAGUGUAUUUCUUGUUACAAGGAAUGUUCAAGCAAAGGCUGGGUGACUGCUUGUCAGGGAUGCCACAGAGGAGGUUCCUGGGUUAAACAGGAUAGGUUAGAUGCUCUUUCAAAUCUCUUCCAGCCUUAGGUUUCUACACCAAGUCAACGAUUUGCUAAAUUUAUAGUUUUUUAUGAAGGGAUCACUCAGAAGCCUCGUAGGCUGGGAGGUGGAGACAGGACACAGGAGUCUUCUGGGGCCCUGCCAGGCCAACUAAGUCCACUGGGCUGUUUACUCUGUUUCCCUCCUGUGUUUGUGGAUCUUCUUCCUUUUGUGGUCACAUCUUAAACUUUUUGGAGACUUGUUUAUGAUGGUAGGGGAAGAUGAUUUCCCACUGGUGCCCUAGGUUGAGUCCUGGCCUCUGGCCUGGCUUGGGCAUUCUCCCAAAUGAACUUCCCAAUUCAUCAGUACUCUCCUCUUGUGCUCAUCCUCAAUUCUUGCCAAGGGCCGGCUCCCUGGGGUGGGGAGCAUCUGGCAUCAGAGACAUAAUCUUUGUGUCGAUAACAGUAUUUUAUACUUUUCAAGGCACUUUAUUAGGUGACAUCUAUCAGUCUAUUUGAGACUCACAAAGGCCCUGUUAAGCUGGCUGGGCAAAUAACAUUACCCUCUUUUGACAGAGGAGAUAAUGAAGCCCAGAAAGAGGAUACACCUUGGCAGGGUCAUACAAGUUAGUGGUGGACUAUCGUGCUCUUUCUGUCACACCAUGCCCCGAAUCUUGAUGGCUGCUGGGCAAGGCCUGGCUCAGAGGGGGCCUUGGCUACCUUCCACCACUUCUGACCAAUAGCAAUUUGGAGAAUGAAGCCACACCACUGUGCCCCCUCCUCACAACUUAUCCCUGCCUGGGUCCUCGUCACUACUCCCUUCUAAGAUCAUGGCCCAUACUUUGUGAGGGCCUCGAGCAGUCCAGCUCAGCCUCUCCUCCAUUCAUCUCAUCUUGGUUCCUCCUGGUUCAUCUUCUCUCCUUUCCCUCUCUGAUGCCGGGAACCACACUAGGGUCCUGGGUCUCUGCUCUGACCUCCUGAAAACCCUUAAUCCUGUGUGGUCCCCUCUGGGAUCCUCCUGAGCCCCAAAGAUACUGGGGUAUAGCUGAGGAAGGGAACAGAGGACGAAGCCCUGGUGGCAGAAGGAGGGGCAGGCCUCACUGGAGUGGAGGGCAGAGUUUGAGUUGGCCCCUUUACUGACCCACUUGCCUUCCCUCCAUCCCCCACACCACCACCAUAGUCUGUGUGUCUCCCCAUCCUGGCCAAGGCUGAGGCCUCCAAUACUGGUGCCCUAGAGUCUGGGCUCCCAUCACCCUGGACGGCAUCGCAGCAUUUCAGUGUCCGUCACAUUUUAAAACUGAUCAGCCUUUGUAUAAUGUUUUUUAAACCAUUUCUAAAUAAAAUGAAAAUAUACAGA